AUGGAGCACCCCCUCCCGGCCCCCGCGACAAAGCACCUCGCAACGUUGCAACAUCCCCUUCCGCGCGGCGGCGCCGUUACACUCCAGCAGCGCGCUUCUGAAGCAGACAACACGACAGGCACGACGCUGUGGACGGGCGCCCAGGUCCUCUCGGCCUACCUCUCCAAAACCGUCUCCAGCAGCACCGAGAAGCAGACGACCGUCCUCGAGCUGGGCGCGGGCAUCGGUUUCCUCGCAUUGGCGCUGGCCGAGGCGGGCCUGGACGUGGUCACGACGGACAUUGAGCCUGUCCUCUCGGUGUUGAGUCGGAACGUCGGCAACUGCGCCGCGUCGCUGCCGGCCGGGAGCGGCAGCGUGCGCGUCGCCGAGCUCGACUGGCUGGCCGAGGACCGUCCCGCGGCCAUUGCGGCCCUCGACCUGCCGCACAUUGACAUGGUCGUCACUGCCGACACGGUGUAUGCUCCCCACCUCUCCCCGGCGCUGUGGGCCACGCUGGCGGCCGUCUGUCGUCCGGACCCGGCGGCGGGGCACGCUGGCGUUCCGCUCUACAUCGCUCUGGAGCGCCGUGAUCCCGGCUUGGUCGAUUCUAGCCUCGAGAUUGGCCGGCAGGCAGGAUGUGACCUGCGGAGAGUGGCACAUGGACGCGUGGCCAAGAUUGUGGAGAGGACUUGGGGGUGGAAGCCGGAGGAUUGGGAAGGGGUAGAGGUGUGGAAGGGCAGGUUCAAGUAA